AUGAUGGAGAGCGCAAGAUUGAUAAGUUCAUCCAGCAAACUACUUCUUUGCGUUCACGCAGCUGAUGCAAUUCGCUUUUUCCGACUUUACAUCAACAAUCGUGCAGAUUCUAGAUUUGCACGCAUAAGUUUCUACGCUUUGGGCAUACGAAGUGCAGCGCACGAAGCGCAGCCUUCUAGCAACAGAUUAAUAAUGGAGCCGUGUCCACUAUGUGGACUUGAAAAGCAAAUCGAGGAGUUCAAGAAGAAGAGACGUCGUGAGAAAUUGAUCGAGUCAUGCACAACUGUUCAAAACUGCAAGCAUUGCGAGAAAGUGUUCUCUUCCAAGCUUUGUUUGAGAAGACACGAAAAGAAGGCACAUCCUGAUAAAUACACCGAGAAAAAAUUGGCGAGGAUUUGGUGUCCACUUUGUUUCAAGAUAAUGAAGCACCACCGCGAUCUGGUUCACCAUGCACAGGCGGCCCAUGCCGAAACACCAGGAAAAUACAGGGUCGAGGUCAUCAGUUUCCCCAACGUGGACGAGUUUGAGAAAUGGAGACGAUCAACCGAAGAACAUGAUGUAACUAGUCGUUCUAUAGUUUCGACAAAACGCGGCCCUGCUGGGAAGAUAAAAUAUCUGCGUUGUCAUCGUGCAGCGUUGAACGCUAAGGACAAGACGAGCAUAGGUUCAACAAUAAAGCAUUCCAGGAAAGUUGUUCCUUUCUGCACUGCGUAUAUGAAGAUUCAUAUUGUCGCCCUUGAGACAGAUAGCCUUGAAGCAAAUCAAGCUAUCCAGGUAGUAGUGGUAGAUAAAAUGUUUGGUAUUACCUUGAUUACCUUGACUCCCGUUGAUCUUCGAACUGGACGAGCGGGAGCCAGUAAUUCUUCCAUUUGUCCCGAUCGCGUGCCAGAGUAG